UAAAUGCUUUUACCAGCAACAUUUCCUGGCGUCCGUACAUUUUCGUCACUUUACAGUAGUAAAUUGUGCUUUACAACGGUGUAAUGGGUGCACAGGUUAAUGCUGCCGAGCUGCUGCAGCAAGCACUCAGCUCAAACAUUAUACCGAAUCAGGAGUUUUUAUUGCAAGGCUCUAUUUUAGAUUCAGCGGCAGAAAAUCUGCUUCACCGAUUGCGAGGGCUUUGCGACAACGUUGAUGCUAGUCCGGAAACGUUCAGUGAUAUAGAAAUGUGCUUCAGCUUGAAGUUACCCACAGAGAAGACACCGGUAAUGACGGUACGGGUACGACGCGCCCAGGACGUGGAAGCACCACUGCAGCUACGAUACAUCGGCCAACCGGAGCUGGGUGAUCGAACCAGACCGACGCUAGUGAGAAGCAGCCUGGAUAUUGCUUGCACACCGCUAGUAAUUGAUUUUCUAACCGAGAUGGGCUUUCGGUUGGAUUUUGAAUACUCCACCAAAGGAUACAUGUUUCGCAAGGGUCGCAUGAAGAUUACGGUGUCAAAAAUACUGAAAAACAUGACCGAGCCCAUCUCACAGAGCUAUCUGGUGGAGCUGUCCGUGCUAGCACCGAAGGGCCAGGAUGCGAUCGCUGAGGAUAUGCGCAUUUUUGCCGAGCAGCUUAAACCCUUGGUGCAGCUGGAAAAGAUCGACUACAAACGAUUCGCCCAAAUGCCUUAAAGCGUGUGGAUGCAUUUGAUACUCCUCUUCGUUUACAUCUUGUAAGUCUUUAUCUUUAAUACAUUCUUGAUUUAUUGUGAAAGUAUUAUACUUUUCCAGUAAUAAAAAAAACACACAC